GUUUACGUUUCCAGAAAGAAAUUGCUCUGUGUGAGUGGCGGUUGGCACGGGAGAAGGGUCAUAGGAGUUCAUUGCGUUACAUACUUAACAACAGUAGAAAUCUGGGAAAACCAAAGUGUGUGCCAGGGAAAACCAAGUGAUCAAGUCGGUUUGUCUUGGAAGGCAGUUAUGAGUUUCAACAUGGCGGAGGCGUACGUCGUCUCCGCCUCAGGAUGCGGUCGUCGGUGAGCGUCAUCCUGUCGGACCCGCCGCCCGACUCGGCCAUGUCCUUCCCAGACUACCAGCAGACGGCGCUGGACCACCAGAGCCUGCUCAUUGUCGUCCGGCAAGUCGGUCAGCAGCUGAAGCCGCGCGCGUUCGCCAAGCUGUACGAGCGGAUCAGCCGGCUGCAGCACGUGACGGCGCGGGACUCGCAGGGGGGCCGCCGCGCCGUCUGGCUGCGCUACCGGCGCAGCUACCCGGCCGAGAACAACGACUGGGGCGAGUUCCAGAGCCACCGGCGCGUGCUCGGCCUCAUCACGCUCGGUCACGUGACCAACCAGGUGGAGCUGAACGACGUGUGCAAGCAGCACGAGUCACUGCGCAGCCGGUACGCCUCGACGCUGUACGACUCGCGGUGCGUGGUGCUGGGCGUGCCGGCGGCGGCUGCGGCAGCGCCCGCCUCACCGGCCUCCAGCGACGGCGAGCGAGCCGCCGCCGCCGCCGGCGCCGCCAAAAAGGUCAGCUCCGGCAGCCUGGACCGCGACAGCGGCGUCUACGACCACAGCGAGCCGGCCGGCUCGCUCAGCGAGGCCAACAGCGAGGGCAGCGAGCCGGCCGGCGGCGACAGCGAGUCGGACGAGCCGGACGAGCGCGCCGGCCGGGCGGCGCGAGCCGGCGCCUGCAUCCUGCCUGCCACCGCGCCCGCCGUCAACGGCGACGAGAACAAGGAGAACGCGCCGGUGGCGCCGCCGACGGCGCGCGAGCGCAACGCGCGCAAUACGGCGCCGGACGCGCUGCGGCCGCCCGGCUCGUUCCGCGCGCGCACGCUGUGCUACAGCAGCGUCGAGCAGUGUGACGACUUGGACGCGCAGCUGCAGGAGUUCGUGGCGUCGCUGUUCUGGGUGCUGGAGGCGAAGCGUGUCGACAAGAGUGCCGAGCGGCUCGACAAGAUGGCGCUGCUGUGCGCGCCGUUCGAGCGCAAGGACUUCGUGGGGCUGGACAUGGAGAGCCGCAGCAAUAAGAAGCGGUGCAUGGGCCGCGCGAAGAAGCACCUGGCUGACCUGUCGCUGCAGACCGGCCUGCCCGGCGAGGCGAUGAGCUACUACACGGCCGCCAGUGAUCUGCUCCGCCAGAGUAACGACUGGCUGUGGCUGGCAGGCUGCUUCGAGGGCAUGUGCGCAGCGUCGGCGGCGGUGCUGUAUCCGGACCUGCGGCGGACCCAGGUCCAGCGCAACGCCUCGCUCAACCAGGGCCGCGUCUGCCGGACAGGACGGCCGGCUACAGGCUCCAGCAACUCCCUGCCGCACGGCAUCGAGCCGGCCGAGAUGCUGGAGGCCUCCCGCGGCUGCCUGACGCCCUCCGAGAUCGUGGACAAGUACCGGGAGUCGGUCGUCCACUACAGCAAGUACCGGCACGCGGGAGUGAUCGAGACCGAGUGCAGCCUGAAGGCGGUGCACGUGCUGAUCGAGCAGGCGCGCUACCUGAUGGCGGCCGAGUUCCUGCAGAACGUGGUCUUCAUCAACCUGCAGCUGUCGGACGAGGAGAAGAUCCAGCGGUUCACCACGCUCUCGGAGCUGUACGCGCAGUGCGGCUUCCACCGGAAGGCGGCCUUCUUCCGGCGCGUGGCCGCCAUGCGCUUCGUGGCGUCGCAGAACCCGCAGCCCUCCUGGAGCCAGUGUUACCAGCUGCUGCUGCAGGCGAUGGACGGCUACCGCCUCAGCCUGGACCCGGCCCACUUCCGCGCCGACCGCGUGACCGGCUGGUCGGCGCUGCAAACUCAGCUGCUGCAGGAGCUGGUGGGCUCGUCGCGACGCAUGGGCAACACGCCGCUGGCCGUGCGCCACCUCACCUUCCUGCUGCACGCCAUGUUCGGCGCGCUGAGCGCGGCAGAGCGCGCCGAGUUCGCCGCCCAGCUGGAGGGGCUGGCGGCGCUGUGUCAGCCGGCGGCGCCCGGCCCGCUGGUGCUGGAGACGGGCCUCAUCAUACCGCCCGUGAACCUGUACUGCCUGCCGCUCGUGAGGCGGUUCCGGCCGCUGGAGUACCCCGUCCACCUGCGGCCCCAGCUGCUGCUGCGGCCCAAGGCCGACGACCACGGUCCGUUCAUCUUCAGCCCGCUGCAGUUCGGCAGCUUGCGGCGCCAGAAGAAGGACCGUGAGAAGCUGGAGUUCAACUGGGUGGCGGGCGAGCUGAGCCAGGUGGAGCUGUCGGUGGAGAACCUGCUGCCGGCCGACCUGCGCGUGACGGCCGUCAGCCUGCUGUGCGACGGCGCGCCGCUCGACACGUUCCCCUCGACGCUGACGCUGGCGGCCGGCUCCGGACAGCACACCGUCAACCUGGUGGGCGCACCCCAGGCGCCCGGCCAGGUUACCAUCACAGGCUACACGGCCACCGUGUUGGGCGUGCGCUCCAACUGCCGGCUGAAGCACAUGGACUGGGUGGACGUGUCGCAGUACACGGUGGCCGUGGUGCCGGCGCUGCCCCAGCUGCAGGUGUCCACGUCGGCCGCCAAGCUGGGCGGGCCGGCGCCGUUCGACGGCUGCGGCAUCGUUAGCGGCGCCCACCUCAGCCUGCUGGCCGGAGAGAGCCACGAGGUCACCAUCAGCCUGCAGAACAGCUCGUCGCAGCCGGUGGAGCGGCUGGAGGUGACGCUCGAGCCGCCGCACGACGGCCGCCUCUUCGCGUUCCGGCCGGAGCAGCUGGCCGAGCAGCUGCCGCUGGCGCCGGGCGCCGCCGCCCAGCUGACCCUCACAGUCACCGCCUGCCACGACUUCGUCCUGCACGGCGAGGAGCCCGAAGCUAUCGAGUCCGCCAGCUUAACGGGAAGCCAAGCGCCCAGCCUGAUGAGCUCGGCCGCCACCUCCCUCCCCUCGCGUCUCUCGAGUGCGCUGUCCUCGGGCCGCGGCCGCCGAGCGCCGGGCGAGUCGACGCCGUCGCUGGGGGGCGGCAGUACGCUGUCGUCGGGCAGCGGCGGGCAGACGGCCGUGUCCAGCCUGGCCCGGCGCCCCAGCCUCCAGGAGACCCGCUACCCGGCCAAGGUGGUGGAGGGCAUCCUCAAGGUGCGCUACUCGGGCGGACCUGGCCUGGCGGCCGGCUUCUGCCGCGCCUUCAACAUCCUCGUAUCCGUCGACGUGCUGCCCUCCGUCUACAUCACCAAGUGGGACGUGUUGCCGGCGGAGACCCUCAGCUCCUGCUACCUGGUGCUGGACGUGCUGAACGCGACGGACGCCGAGCUGGAGCUGCAGUACACGGACGGCAAGCGGCUGCUGAUGGAGGGCGGCGAGACGUGCCGCGUGCCCGUGCCCGUCGACCGGUGCCCCCUCCGGCCGCCGACGGAGCCGGCGGUGCCACCGGCCGGCGGGCAGCCGCCGCCGGACGGGCCGCAGGGCGAGCGCCACGGCACGGCCGACCUGCGCGGCGUCACGUGGAGCGCCCCCAUGCUGGACGCGCUGCGCAUGUCUCCCGUCAGAUGGGACGUGCUGUGGAACGGCGAGGCGGCCGGUAGCCAUGGCGACCGCCAGGCACGCAUCGGUGACGUCAUCAACGGCGAGAUCCGCGUGGUCAACUGCAGCCAGUCGGCGAUGCGUGACGUCACGCUGAAGCUGAGCGUGUACCAGGACCACCAGAACGGCGCGCUCAGCUACCGGCUGGAGAACAAGGUGUCAGUCUCCGGCGCGCUCAGCCGUCACGCUGACCAGGUGCCGGUAGGACGGUGCUCUUCUCCAUCCUGUCGGCUUGCUUUUCUUUUCCGCCGGCUACUACAAGCUGGAGCUCACCUGCACAGCGGCCGGCGGCCAGCAGUGGAGCCACGUGCAGGGGCUGGAGGUGGUCUGAGCCGCCGACAGGGGCGCGCGCAUCGCGCUCGCCCCGGGCAGAGCUACUCAGCCUUGUUUUGCCCGGGUAUUGCGUCUGCUGAGCGGGGGUGGGGCCCAGUGGGGCUGGCAUGUCAGACUAUUAUUCUGAGAUGCUGUCCGUCAGAGGACAGGUUACUCAGUGGUUAUAUUUGUUAGAAUGUGUACCGCUGUGCUCAGCUCCGCUUUUCGGGAAACGUGCGGUCGAUAUGUCGUGGGGCGCAUCGCCGGUGCUGUCCUCUGUCACAAGUUUAGCUGUUCAUUGCCGCCGAGAGGUGGCGCUCGACUCGCUUCCGGCCUGUCCGUCCCACGCAUAGGGGACUGCUGCUGGGGACGACGCUCAGUGAUGGCCCGCGGGCCGUGUACCUCGCGCGGGGGACCCAAGCAUAUAAGCGCGAUCUGACGGCUACUGUGUUAACCAAAGAGCACCGAGCCGCGCCGCGCCGCGCCGGCGGACUACUCGAACGGAAUCGGGCCCGCGCGGGACGGCAGAGCCGCUUUGGGGACGGAGCGGUGCCCGGUACAAACUGCCUUCCGAGUGUGGACGCGAGCUUCUGUAGCAGGUCGUGCAGUCGCCGCCCAUUUACGCUGUGAUAUGGUGCUUCGAGUCAGCGCGCGGCGGUCGCGGACCUCCGCGCGCCUCGGCGCCAGAGGAGGGCUGCGCCCUCCGUGCGGCCGGCCGGCCUGGGCGGGCUGGUGUGUUGUGAGUGGUGUGCUGUGUAGCCGACUGAAGGCAAUAAACGGCCACAAUAUGCUGCCAGUGUCGGUGCUCUGGACUGCGGCGAAAGGUGGCAGCGGAUGCAUCAUGGCCGAUUUUGAGAACUGCGGACGUCCGGGUUCGAGAACAAUACAUGGCCGAGUUUGAGAACUAGACAUGGCCGAGUUCGAGAGUUAUACAUGGCCCAGUUCGAGAACUACCAGUUGCUGUGGCGGAUUAAGUCAGUCGUGUAUGUUAAUGUGUUCUGAGGUCGCAAACUCAU